GGCAGUAAUGUUCUACCUGUGGAUGAGCUACCUACGGAUGACUUUUUUACUCAUCCAUUUGAUUCAUUACAAUGAAGCCAAGAGGCGAAUACGAUGGGAUUGCUUUGAUUGCCAGAUGGGACCUAAAUAUGGGGAUCAGAUGAAGUGCACGAUUGGAGGCAUUAGACGCUCCCUAUUGAACGUGGAGCUUCAAUUGCUAGCAGAACUCAACAAUAUCAAGGCAUAUGUGAAGAUCUCGACCAGAUUUAAGACAACUAAUUUGUUUAGGAAGUUUUUUGACAUUACCUUCGAUGGAUGCCGCGUCAUAGCCGAUAUGGUUUCAGGAACUAUGGUAUCGAAUAUGUUUAAUGCAGUCGUCAAGUCGAGCAAUCAACCUCGAAAGUGCCCCGUAAAAGAGGGAUUGAUUUACUACCAUAAUAUAAGUAUUGAAGACGCCCUGCCUAUGUUUGUGCCCACCGCCCAGCUUUUUAUCCAAGUGGAUUUCUACUCCCGCAGGCAGCUGUACUUGAACGUUAGUCUAUUGGGAGAAAUAAUUGAAUAA